AUGUACCUGAACUUUGCCAAUUCGCUGGCUAGCCUUCUUGCCUUCAGCCAGGCGCUGUGGGCGGUACAGGCCUUUCCAAAGCAGCAUGAUGAUCUGCCAGCACACAUCCUACCGGCCCACGAAGGGGGGUCUAAGAGCUCCGACAUCAACAUAGCAACAACUCCAUGGUCCAAACGUGAUCCCCCGCUGAUUCCCAAUUGGAGCCAGGGCCCUGGCACCACAUGGUCUGGUUAUUUGAGAGAGCCACAAAGCUCCGGAUGGACUGAGGAAACGAUUGACAAUUUCGCAUAUUGGGCAUGGCGCCAGACCCGCAUCGGCAGCAGAAGUGAGGCAACACUGGUAGCAGCGCUGUGGAUUUGCGGAACAGGGGUUUACUUGGGAAGUAUACCCCAUGGGCAGGAGUGGGGGACGUCAGGGGGCAGAGCUUCAGUACAAGCUCUGAUGGAUAAUCGGCUUAGAUACGAAGCACCGGUCAUGUGGAGUACAACAGGGGGGACACACCUGGAUUCAAGAAUCCUUGCGGUGGAGCCGCAAGAAUCAGGCCUUCUUGUACAUCGGUGCUGGGAAGUCUGGGCAUUAGAUAUCGGUGGCGGGGGAUUUGACACAUGUGUGCAGCUUUGA